AUGGAUAAACAAAUCGGUAUACAUCCACGAAACGGAAUCUUCUUCAGCACUCGCAAGGAAUGAACUACCAAUACGCAGAACACGGAUGACUUGGGAAAUCAUCAUGCUGAUAGGAAGAACUUACACCGGAAACGAAAUGCAAACUGUAUGAUUCAAGUCAUAUAAAAAUCUCGAAAACAUGUCGUACACUCUGGUAACGGAAAGUCUAUCGGCGCUUUGGGAUGGAGAAGACACAGGCUCGAGGGAGAGGUUGCAAAAAGGCAGGAGGAAACUUUCGGGGAUGACGGAUAUGUUUAUUGUCUUGUUUGUGGUGAUGGUUUCACAGCUGUAUACUUAUGUCAAAACUCAUCCAAUUAUACACUGUAAGCGUGGGCGUCGAUACGACUGUCGCCCAGAAAAAGUUUGACGAGGAACAGGAUAUUUACAUAAUGAAAAAAAGUCGCCACGAAACACUUGCAAAUACAAAAGAGAAAGAGUAACUUUACACUAGAGAAGCAGACAGACACCCCCUCCAUCGAGUGACCGAAGGGACUGUCAGGAGCGGGACUCGGGAGACCUCAGAGCAGCUGAGUCGUGGGGUGUUCGCAGGAAUGAGAACCACGCCCAGCAGGGCUCCCAGGGGACCAGGCGCCCGGUCAGUGAGCACUUAUAUUUUGAGAGGCAUCUUUUUUUUCUGAGCAGUAGGUCUCGACAGUGGGCUCAAACUGCGUGUAAACCAACGUGCUGCCACCCAGGCCUCAGAGUUCCACUUACGGGGCGCAGGCCGUCAUUCCCGAGGGCCCGGGGUGUCCAGAACGGGGAGCGGGCACUGGCUUCCACUCACAGUCACGGCUGCACUUGCCCGUAAAAGAGUCGGCCUGUCCUUCGAAGCUUUGAAGCCAGGCGCGGGCUUCUCCUCUGAAGCUGUGAAAGCGCAGAUGGCAUCUUCUUUCGAUAUAAGGAAGGCUGUUGCACCUUAUUCUUUAGUGCAGCCGCCUUCAUUCAUCACCUGAGCUGGAUCUUCUGGACAGCUUGCUGCCUCCCCUUAUACUUUUGUGUUAAGGAGGCGGCUUCUGCCCUUAAACCUCACGGACCGACCUCUGCCAGCCUGGAACUUUCCUUCUGCAGACUCCUCUCCUCUCAGCCUUCAUAGACUGAAGAGAGUUAGGGCCUCGCUCUGGGUGAGCCUUCGGCGUAAAGGAAUGUGGUGGCUGGCUUCACCUGCUACCCAGACCACGACAGAUGCAUUCACUGCAGCAACGCUUCCUGUCCCUCCGGGAGCUCUUCUGUGUCCACAGCUUGGCUGACCGGCCUAUCCCGGCUCUCGACUCGCCCUCCUCGCCGAGCUCGGUCAUUUCUAACUCUCAAUUUAAAGUGAGAGACGUGAAUACGUAGAGGACAUUGCUGGGUUAUUUUCACUGGCUUGAUCUCAACACUGUCAUGUCUCAAGGAACAGAGAGGCCCGAUGGGGACAGGUGGGGACGGCUGGUCUGCGGAGCAGUCGGGUCAUACACGACAUUUAUCGAUUGAGUUCACCGUCUUAUGUGAGUGUGCUUCGUCGAGGCCCCAAACAAUCAAAAUAGUGACGUCAAAAAUCGCUCAUCACAAGUCACUACAACGAAUGUGAUAACAAUGGAAAAAAUUUGAAAUUAUGCAAGAAUUACCAAAAUAAGACACAGACACACAAAGUGAGCAAACUCUGUCGGGAAAAUGGUGCCAAUAAACAUGCUCCACGCAGGGUUGUCGCGAACCUUCUGUUUGUAAAAAACGCAGCAUCUGUGAAGUACGAUGAAGCAGUAGAAUGAGGAGAUGCCUGUGCUCGCUUCUCGAAUGCGUUUGGGUCUGUUCUGGAUUCAGACCUGUUCUGCUACUCAGCCUUUCUCCUCGCGUACCGGUCCCAAACUUCCUUCAUCACUGCAGCUUUAAAAGGCACUUCGACACACACUAGGGUUAAUGCCUCUCUAUUACUUUUCAUUUGCAGAAUUUUCCUGGCUAGUCUCACUUGUUUAUUCUUUCCAUGUGAACUGUAGGCUUAGUGAGUCUACUUCCAAAAAAACAAAACAGAAAACAAAACAAACAAAAAAAACCCCCCCAAAACCUCAUAACAUAUUUUUUAUUGAUAGAAAAUUAAAUGUAAAGGUUCAUUUAGAGAAAAUACACAUCCUCGCACCAGUAAAUCUUCUUCUCGGUGAACUGGGGAUGCAUUUUUAUUUGUUGUUUUCAUUGUGCUUUGUUUUUACUGUUACAGUGCGUGUUGAUGCUCUUUGAAGUACAGUAUUUUUUUCCAUUUUGUUUUCUAGCUUUUUUUUUUUCCAUGAAACAUAGAGAUGCUGUUGAUUUUGGAUGCUCGUUUUAUUUUUCCAGUCGUACCCUUGGAACGUCUAGAUAUGCAAUGAUAUUACCUGCGAAUGAUCAUCGUAUGGUCUCCACUUUGCAAAUCUUAAACUUCUAUUUUAACCUUGGUACAUCUAGAUAAUAGUGGCACUUUAAUCUCACUUAUCCCGUCACCGACUUUAACGGAAAAUGCUUGUAGUGUUCAACCUCAAACACGAUGCAUUUUUUUUUUUUUAGCUUAAAUAUGUGUUUAUCACCCCAAUAAUGGCUGUCGAUUUUACUAAGUACUGUUUUGGUCUCUAAGAAGGGCCACGUGGCUGUCCUCCUUUGCCCAGCGUGAAGGGGUCCCUCACUAUCUGGAGAGGCGGUCCCACACAGGCCAGGCAGGCCGGCUCUCGUCCCAGCUGUCCCACUGACUCUACCUAUGACCUUAGGAUGCUUCUCAGCCUCUCUGUGUCUUUGCCACCACCUUCGUAAACCAAAGUCAGCAACAGCACCUAGCUCAAAGGGCUGUUGCAGGAUUUUAACGAAUAUGUAUAUAUUCAGAGCGCGAACACUGCCUGGUGCAUCAUAAACGCUCUGUGAGGGUCGGUCGUCGGCACCGUCCGGCUGCAGGGCUGAGUGUUUGUUGUUCAGUUGUUUAAAGAAACGGAGUUAUGCAUUUAUGGAAGUAGAACGCGCAUCCGGAUAAGUGCAGAGCUGGACGCGCUAUGACAGCGGCCAACACGCGUGCGGCUGCAGUACGUCCCCGCACGCCUGUGGGGACAGGAAACCGCCACCCUCACCGCCGCCAGGAUGCGGUGCUGCGACAUGGUUUUAAGAUGCUACUGGAUUCGGGUCUGUGUAUCAAUAUUGGGCUGGCGUUGUGCUGUAGUUUUAAAGACUCUUUUCUUUAUGUAUUAGGUAGAGCCAAACCGAAUUCUCAGUAUUCAACUGUCUGGAAUUGCAACAAUAACAACUGCAUUCGAGAAGAUUUAAAUAAACGGAAGGCCGUCCGAGAGACUUAAUAUCGAUAAGAUGGCAAUGCUCCUCGAAUUGAUCGAGAGAUGAAACACGAUCUGUAUUGGAAUUCCAGGUGCAUUCUUGCUAGAAAUUGACGAGCCAAUGCAAACACUUAUAAGGAAAAUGAAAGGGACCCAGAAUGGCCAAAAUCAUCUAGGACAAGAACAAAGUGGAAGGACUCACAGUUCCCGAUUUCAAAAGUUACUACAAACCAUAGUAAGUAAACAGUUCGAUCCUGACAUCCGGAUAAAUGUAUAAAUCGAAAGAAUAGAACCGAGAACCCAGAAACACACCCUCACGUUUAUGACCAAUUGAUUUUCAACAAGGACGUAUAAGUAAUUCAAUGGGGGAAAGAGCAGUCUUUUCAACAGAUGGUGCUGGGACAGCGAGAUACUCAAAUGCAAAAGAAUGAAGUUUGAUCCCUACCUCACACCAUACACGAACAUUAACUCGAGAUCGAUCAAAACCUUACACGUAAGAGCUAAGACUGUAAAACUCUUAGCAAAAUAACAUAGCGGUAAAUCUUUAUAAUCCUGGAUUUGGCAAUGGCUUCUUAGCUGUGACCAAAGGCACAAGCAACAACAAUGAAAGGAGAAACAGAUAAACUGAACUUCGUCACAGUUAGAAACUUCGGUGCUUCAAAGGACACUACCAAUGACAUGAAAAGACAAUCCACAUAACGAGAGAAUGUGCGCAAAUUAUAUAUUCGAUGAGAGACUUGUACCCAAAAAAAUAAAUACAAGACACUGUUAUAACUCAAUGAUGAAAAGACACAUAACACAAAUAAGAGAUUUGCAAACGAUUUGUGUGGACGUUUCUCCCAGGAAGAUACACAAAUGGCCGAGAAAGCACAUGAAAAUAUGGUCGACGUCAUCAGUCAUCGGAAAUGCAAAUGAAAACCCCAGUGAGGUAUCACUUCACAUCCUCUGGGAUGGAUAUAAGAAUAAUAAAAGAAAAUACAGCUAACGAGAGCUGACAAGGAUGUCAAGAUGCGGGAACCCUCACCCACUGCGGGUGAGCGUGUGAAAUGGUGCAGCCAUUAAAAAGUUAAACGUAGAGCGACCGCAUGUUUAACUCUACCUCUGAGGAUGAGGACGCAUCCGACAGAAAUGAAAACAGACGUCCACAUGAAAUGCUGUACGUAAAUAUUUUCAGCAGUUCUAGUCGUCCUGGUUAAAAAGCAGAGACAACUCAACGUCUAGCAACCGAUGGGUCAUAAACCAAGGCAAUGUGUCCACGCGAUGGGCUAUUCCUCGGUCAGAGAAGAGAGAGAAGCACCGAUAUCUGCUACGACGUGAGCGAGUCUUGAAAACAUUACGCUAAGUGAAAAAAGCCGGUCGGAAACGAUCACGUGUUACAUGGUUCCAUUUCUAUGAAGUGUCCAGAACGGGCAAAUCUAGAGAGUCGCAAAGUAGAUUAGCGGUUGCCCAGGGCUGGGGUAGGGGAUUGGGGGAUUGAGGAGAUGGUUAAAGGAAAUUAGGCUUCUUUUGGGGGGAGAUGAAAAUGGGUUAUGUUGGUGGCACGACUCAGUGAAUAUACCAGAAAUCAUCGAAUUGUGCGCUUUAAAUGUGUGAAUUGUGGGCACGCGCAUGGAAUCUCAAUAAAGCUGUCACCAAAGACAUGUUUCUUUCCUACGGUGCAACGUAACCUCCCACAGCAUCUUAAAGAGCACCAGAUUUUAUGGUAGGGCCCCAGAUGGGGUCAAGUUCACGGGUGGAGCUAGGCAGAGGCAAGGAAAGGUAAAGGCCCCUGGUGGGAGAACUCAGGGAAGGUCGCGGCGGGGUCAGCGGGAGGCUGGCGGGCUUGCUGAGGACAGGGGAGGAGGGCGGAGUGGGGGACGCUGACAAACGGGGCUGAUGGGUGGACUCCAGCGUCCGGGCAUCCGGGCGGGGAGUCGCGUUGGAAGGGGCCCAGGCUCCCUUCCGUGGGACCAGCAGGAAGGAGGCGAGGGUGAGUUCAGAUGCUAAUUAGUCAAUGGUGCAGAGAACUUCUUUCUUUCCAGGCUCCAUUUUCUCUGGAAAGCUGCCCGUGGGUCUGAGGAGGGGGUUCGAACCUAGGAGAGUUUGGGGGAGAGGGGAGAGGCGAGCCACGGGGGACUCCAGGGCAGAGGCCUGGUGCCCGCGGGGGAAUGAAUUCUGACCCCGCCCCCGGCAGCCCCCCGCGGGGGCCAUGUCGUCCUGAGUCAUCGCUGCCUCAGGCCACACACCCCAAUUCUUCCAGUGUGACUCACACCUUUGGCUCCGAGCCUCCCACUCUGUACAGCCUCCUUUUGGCUGCCUUCCUCCCAGAACUGAAUGUUCUCCCUGGGAAGGGUCAUUCGAGCCCGCCUCCCCAGUUCUGGACCCCAUGCCGUCAUUAAUUCAGCCCGUGAUGACCAGACGCCGUUCGGCAGCCUCACGGCGUUGGGUCAGUGACAAGCAAGUCCGAAGAGCACGGAGAAACCCGUUUGAUAAUGGGUCAGCCCCCCGUCAGCCGCCGGGGAACGCGGGGGGCAGAGACCAGCGGUGCGUUUGGCGUGUUGGCAAGUGGAGAAUGUCUGAAGGUGCGGGGCUGGGAGCGGGCAUGGGCGUGUGCGUACGUGGGACGUCCCCAGAGACAGUUUCUCACUGCAUGAGGCCGGCCAGACAGGUGAUCCGUCACCUUGGACCUAGCUACUGAGCAUGGCCAAUCAAGCAUGCGUCACCUCGAACCUCAGAUCACAAGAACUUAGUUACUUAGCGCAACCUAUCGAGCACCUUUCACCUUGAACGCAGUCACUGAGACGGCCCAUUAGGGUUCAGGAGUGCAGCAGGAAAAAGGGGACAAUGCGAAGCAGCCCCCAGGGACACAUUUGGAUCCCAGCCAUGACCAGAUCCUGGGGUUACCGCUGGUCAAAGUUCUUGGGCACUAGGAGGCACAGGAUCCCCGAGUCCAGAAGGGACAGGACAAAGCGUGGCAGAAGGAACAUAGCAUGUGGUGUCAGAUCUCGGUGUUGAGCCCGUCUCUGCUGCGUGUCUGCUGUGUCACACCAGCAUUUGGCACAUCGCUUGGCCUCUUGAAGCCUCAGCUUCCACGUCUGUAAAACGGGGAUCAAUAACACUCACUAUCCAGGGUCAGCUGUUGAAGAAAGGGCAGGGGUGCCCUCCAGAGUGGAGCCUGCUUGCCCACCUCUGGGUCUUUGUACUUGUUUUUCCCUCAGAAGCACAUUCGACACAAAACGGCUGCGCCCGAAUGUCCCUGGUCAUCCUCCGGGUCUCGUCCAGCUCCUCCCUGUCCCCUGCAAGUCGCCCGGGUUAGCUGUCUGUCUCCUGUGGUCUCCCUCCGUCACGGGGCCACCUCACAGCUCUGGGCCUGUCCCCGCCCCCCCCACAACGAGUCUGCAGAGGCGACAGCACCAUCUCAGUCCCCCGAGCCCCCAGUCCGAGGCACACACCGGGCACGCGACCAACAUGCUGAUAAAGCGAAGUCUUGAAGAUCCCAGGCGGUCACGAGUGUUUAGCCCGUGCCUCUCUGUGGGCUCUUUCGCCCUUCUUAAAAUUCUCCCCAGAGACCAUGCGGACACCCAAGGGAGGAGCGUACCCUCUGGAAGCAGAACGCAAGGCUUUAGCUCCUGGCUCUGCCACUUACCAACUCCGCCAUUCGCCCCGUCUGUGCCUCAGUUUACUCUUCCACGAAGUGACCCAUAAGGACACCAUGGAGAUCAGACGAGCUACUGCUGGCGUGACGCUUGUAACCGUGCCUGGAAUACCGUAAACACCUUCUGAGUGUUUAAUACAUGUCUGGAGAACAUCUGCCACAGCAGCCCGCUUGGCCGCCUGCACGGCCCUCCUCUCUCGCUCCGGCUGCCCGUGACAACCUCCCACUCACGACAUGGCACCGAAUCCAGCCUCGCGGGGGCCAGGCCGCCUCCGAGCAGGGGCCGGUCGCGCUCGGCCGCGGCUUCUCCACUUCUGUGCACCGCGAGUCGGCGGAAGGUCUCGGAGAUUCCGAUUUGGAACCCGAGGCAGACCUGAGACUUUGCACCUAACAAGCUCCCCGGGGAUGCUGAUGUGCACGGGCCACGCUCUACGUAACGAGGACCCAAACGAUAAAGGUUCGUUUUCCUUAUUCAUCUGGGAGAAACUAGCACAUUAGAAAGGAUUAAAAGGCAAGAAAUAAAAGGUGCCCGGACUUGAGUCGCUUCUGCCGCGUGUUAUCAGGGUCUGCGUCUCAUUGGUUCUCUCGGCCUCUCCGUGGCUGCUUCAGCUCCAGCCCUCGAGUCCAGCCACCCGAGGCAGAAAGAAGUGAGGCAGGUGAAGGAUGACAGCCGGUCUGAGCGUGCCUUCCGAACACAAAAGCCAGGACUACCGCACACGCCUCCAGGAGAGCUCUGCGUACAUCUCCUGGGCAAGGAUGCGUCCCCGCGCUCACCGCUAGCCUCAAGGACAGAGGAGAAGGUGGCAGGACACAGUCCUCCCCGGAGCAAGAUGCGGAAGAGUGAGACGAACGGACAUGAGACAGGCACUGGCCCUGUCGGCCGCGGUCUGUGCUCAUGCUCAGAGUCACAUACACUCCCCUCCUUGUCACUUAGAUCACGAGAUUAAUAAAACAGCGUCUCCCUGCCUCCAGGGCUCAGGUCUGGGACGGGAAGGGGUGCGGGGUGAGAGGGUCGCCCGAGGCCUGGUCUCAGAACUACCCUUCCCCUCCGACCCAUCAGCUCGGAGCAGAAGAAGCACGAAUUAUUGUAGCAAGAAUUCCUCCCUAGGACACUUCUCAACUGUCACACACGUGACGAGAGCAAAGGGACCCCACCCGUCAGCAGUCCCCCUUCUGGAGCCGAGGGCAGAGUGACUCUGCCUUGAGGGAGGCACUCCCCCACGCCCACCCUCAGCCCCUCGCCCCUGUGCUUUGGCAAAACCGAUGGACCCCAGGCCUGUGACGGAUGCUGAGCCCAUCAGCCCACUUUGCCUCAUUAGGCUACUCGUGAUUGGUUUAGGGUCAAGUCAAUCAUCAGCUUGGAAAUUAGAUCUUAUACUUUAGCACAAGGAACCGGUAGGGGAGGCUAAGAAUGCUUUCGAAUCAUGUCGCGUCUUUGCUGGGAAAUAAGAUAUUCCGAGAUGAGUCGCUCCACCCUUACUUAUCCUUUACUCAGUGAUUACUAGUCUUUAGCAAUUUUGGUGUCACGAUAGCAAGCCAGUCGCCAGAGCAAAAGUCAGCAGAGCUGGAGGCCCUCGAAGACCUGCUGUGCUGUGUCCCCCAACAGUACCAGUCGACAGGCAGCCAAUUCGAUGAGGCCAGCUACCUGUAAGUGGGGUGCCCUCCUUGGGGACAGCGGGGCAUGUUAACAGGGCUGUUCUCAGGGAGUGACUCCCGUGGUGGCCUCUCAGGCACGGUGGCAUCGCGAGAGGGUGUUUGGGGGCAAGGAUCAAUACUGAGCCUGGCCACCAAACCUCACCAGGUAAACCAGUCGUCAAAGCUAAGUUGAUCGUUAGAAAAACUCGGUCCAGUGCUUUUGCUUGACGUGCCGAAGAAGCAGACCCACUUUCUCGUGCUCACGUCGAUGGCCGUGGCUUUGGGAACUUCAGACGGCUCCCAUGCCGUCGCGGGGAGGGGCCCUGAACUGCAAACACAGCCAACGGCGAGGGGCCGAGAUAGAUACACAGAGACGGAAAAGAAGGGCCACGCUGUGACCUGCGUAAAGCGGGCUUGGACCGUCCCGCUCGGUGGCGCGAUGAAUUUCCUUCCUCGAACCAAGCCAGCUGCCCUGGGCUUCUGUGACCUGCGGCAGAAACACGUCCUGCAGGUGGGCGUCGAAUCCGGGACAGUCACGGGCACGGGCUGCAGCACCAGACAAGCCGGAGGUCGAACCCCCCGCUCCCCACCGCCGGCUUGCUCACCUCUGGCCCCGCUUCCAAGAGUUUCUCCCGUUAAAAAAGGGGGAAGAGGUGAUGAUGGUGCGAUGAUGGUGAAGUGAACACAGGGCCCGGCACGCUCGGGCGCAGGGCAUGUCACCGUACUUGGUGGAGUUUUGUUUGUUUUUUUUUUCUAGAUCAAAUUAAAGCCCCGGGCCCCGGCAGCUUCAGGCCGGCCGUUGGCAGAGUGGUCCCGGAGCAGCUCUCAGCUCCGCUGUCCGGGUCCGUGUAUUGUGGUUUUCCAGGUGACAGAACAGGCUGGCUCCCUUCUUGCAGCAACGGAGGUGAAAGUCCGCUGGGGACAGACGGCCAAUCGAUAACUGGCUAGAUUCUCGCCACAGGAUGCGAACACACUUUUAAAUUUACAAUGGCGACGUACAACAGAGAUGCGGAAUAAUAAAUAAAGAGAGACUGGAAGAUGGUACUUGACAAAUUUCACGACAAAUGGCCAUCGCGAUCGGCUGCGGCAAAGAACGAAAACGCUGUGUUUGCUGUGAAACAAACGUGAAAAAAUAAUAACGUGGAAAAUACUGAGCCAUCUUCGGCAGGUGCACAGCGAAUUCAGUAAGCAGUUUUUUUUCUCAACAUUCAAGAAAGAAUUGGUGUAGCACAUGAAGAGACACCCAAUACCACUUGUCGUCGGGGAGACGCAAAUCGAAACACAGAGAGAUGACGCUUCUCGUCUGUGAGGACGUCUAUUACCGAAAACAAAAAGCAAAGAAAAAAACAAACAGAUAAUGAGUGUUGGUGAGGACGGACUGAAACCUCGUGCACCGCUGGGCUGGGCGGGGGCUGGCGGGGAGGGCAAACGGUACGUCCGCCGAAGGCAAGUCCUCGAAAAAUUACACGCAGACGUGUCACACGAUCCGACAAUUCCGCAUCUCAGCGUACGGCGGGGAAGCGAUGACGAGGUCUGAGUAACGGUCGGUACGCCCUCGGUCACGGUCACGGUCACGGUCACGGCAUCUCAGUGCACGCGGUCACGGUGGCCGCCUUCACGACAGCUCCAAACGGGACACGACGUGAGUGUCCAGGGCAGGGGGAUGGGUAGGCGGACGUGGUCUGCGCUUGCAGUUCCAUGGACACGAGGCUCCUUGAUGGCGUCAAUUCUAAGGGACGCACGGUAGAAGAGUGGGGUGCCCGAGGCCGAUGACAGGAGGGAGGGGGGCGAGCGUUCAACGGGGACCGAGUGUUCGUUUCCGAAGAUAAAAAAGCCCCGGAGCUGACAGCGGAGACGGCUGACGACAACGUGGAACCACUCACUGCCACCGAGCCGUGCGCUUAAAAACGGUUAAAAUGCUACGUUAUGUUAUGUGUAUUUUACAAUAAAAAAGAAAAUCUGAUGAAAUUAGUUGCCUGAAAUUGAAAUAAAAUGCGGAACGAAAAAAUUUUCAAUAGGUUUGAACCAGAUCAGAGAUGGUGAUUUUGGCUGCAAAAUGAGGUGGAUUCUUGCACAUGUGCAAUUUUUAAUGGACAGAUGGUGAAAGACAUUAUUAUUUCAGUUGUAAAAAAAAUGCAGACGAUUACGAAAGAGUAAAAAGGUAUUUUAUAAAAAGUAAAGAAUCUUCAAUUAAGCUACAGAAAAGAACUCAUCAAAAAUAAUUAUUUCAAAUUUUUAAAAAUAGCAAAUUUUAUCUGAAUCAUGGCCAUGAGACUCUGCCCAGUGAAUACUUUGGGUACAUUUAGCCUUAAAAGUCUUCCAAAAUUAUGAAGAAACAUUGGCUUCAGAAAAACAAACUGUGCCGUAGAUUUUUUUUUUUUUUGAAUCAUUUACAUCUGACAAGAAUUUUGGUGAGAUAUAUUAAAAAAUUAGUUUCACUCAUGCCAGAUGGUGUUCAGUCAACAAUCUGGAUUAAUCGAAAUUUCAAAACAAGAGACCGAGGGUUUCCUCAUGGCCUCGUCCCUCCGCAUGAUACGUACUGAAAAUAUCUGCUCGUUUGCAGAAGCAGACGGAAGCGGCAGGGUCGCAGCCGUCAAAACUGCUCGGCGGACACGCUCGAGCGCUGCGAGUCGCCAGUGUAUGGAAUGUCACAGGGAGCGCUGCGUGUGACGAUCUGCGUCUUCCUCCGUGUCCCUCCGUUGAGCCCGUUUUACUGAGAUUCGUGCCACUGGCAAUUCUGACUCGAGAUGUUCUCGAAAUGAAAGGAAAACUUACCAAAUGUUUAAUAAGCAACGAUAAAAUAUGGCGGCGGCAUUAUUUCUGCUUUCCUCAGGGACGUCACGGCACAUGUGAAUGAGACAAGUCUGAAGCUUCCCUGUCCCCUCGCGAAAAAGGCACACGAAUUUCCGCCGAAAUGGAAACUUCUCAAAAUAUAAUUGAAUAGCAAUGCUUUUCUACGUUUUCUCAUAUGAAUCGAUGUGCAGAAUAGUUUUAAUCGUGAUGCCAGCGUUAUGUAAAUUAUCUGCAAAAGUCAUAAGAAAAAUUCGAAGACUGUUUUGUUGCUAUCGAUAAACUCAGAGUUACUUUUCAGUUCAUCCAAUACCCUUUUCCAUCCCGUGUUCAUCACACUGAGUGGACUCAGGCGUCUGUGAACUGUCAAAACGUGGACAGACGCGGUUUUGAAACUGACAUGCUUUUGCUUCAAACGCUUCUAAAAAAGAUGGAUUUGUUCGGUCAGCGUGGAAGUGAUUAAAGGAAGAUGAUUUUCUGGUACCCGAACUGGUAAUUGGAAACCUUUUAAGUCUGCUUGGAACAGCUUGGCUAUGUGAUUCUGCUUUCUCAAGUGUAAAUAUAAAUACGCUCAAAUAUUUCCGGUGAAAAUUCACCGUCCAGAUUGAGGCGUGCUGUGAGCAUAGAACACGCCAGGCAGCUCAAAGACUCCACCACGACAAAACGGACGUACCCCAUUCAUAACGGUUUUUGUAUCACGUGUACAUGGGCAUCGUGACGUUUUAGAAACAUCAGGUUAAAUAAGACGUGAUAUUAAAUUUCACCCGUUUCCACCUUUUACAAUGUGGCGACGUGAAGGUUUUAGAUCGCGGCUGAGGCUCACGCUAUUAUUCUACUGGACGGCUCUGCUCUGGGGUCUGAGUGGAGCAGAGGCAGGAGGGUCGUUCCUGGGACAAACUCAACGCGGCGUCAGCGGCAGCGUGCGGACCAGACUCUCUCGUCCCCCAAACUGUGCUGCAGUGACAAGCAGGGGGAUGGGAAGGGGACGCGCAGGGGCACAGGAAGGGGAUGGAGCGUGGGGUGCAGCCUGAGCCCUAAUGGAACCAAUGGUGGGUGGGGUGGGAGCGGAGGGGGGCCCCGGGAAGACCGAGCCAGGAUGCAGGCGGGGCCUCCACGUGUCCCCAUCGUCCGUCCAGAGCUACAGGGUAAACGCCGGGGUUCGCCUGAGAAAACGACUCUCGGGAGCCAUCAGCGUGUUGGCACCAGAGGGGGUUCCUGCAGCAGAAGCAGGGCAGGCACGGCCGCCCCCUCCUUCCUCCUGCGUGGGGCGGGGCCGACACGGGCUCAGCUUCCUGCCCCCUCCUUCCACUUCCUCUACAGACCACGUCCCGUGGUCGCCAUCAAAGGGAUGGGUUCUGUCCUUCAUCCAGAGAGAUGUAAAGGCGUCCCGUCCCCGGCUGCCACCGCAGGCUGGAUUAUAGGCUCAGGUCAGAACGGGCGCCCGCAACCAAAUUGUCCUCUUAGGCCCAGCUCUAAGGGCACCUCCCCUCUCCCCGGGCGGGGUCCCGACGCGGUGCGAUGCUCGGGCAAGGACUCGUUCCUCCCACAGGCUGGACUGGUCCCGGAUGCCCCACUCAGUGGCCGUGGCCCUGUUGUCCGCCCGCCCACCGAGGCCCACCCCUGCCUGGCUGACCCGGGUCCCAGAUGUGGCCACGGCCAGCUCCCCACGCCCAUGCUUGGCCUUUUGGAGUCUGACUGCCCACAUGAACUGCCAGUCCCUUUGGACCCUCCGUCCCGUCUACGGAUCCGAGCGUCACGUGGUCUUGGCCUCGGUGCCGCCUGCACUGUGGUCACUCCCCCGGCUGUCUGGUCCUCUCGGGAGCCGGCAGACCGCGCCCACCGCCAGCCACCCAUUCUCGGCUCCUCUGCGGCGAUCGUCCGGUUAUUCGGUCUCCUCUGCCCGCAAGCGUUUUUCCCCGAGGGACCCAGUGGAACCGAGAGGUCAGUGUGCUUCUUUCCGGCUUUUAUGUCGACUGACACCAUUUCAGUUCGGUGGUCGUCUCCCGCAUGCCCCGCCCCCAGCUCUCUCUUCCGCCCUCUGCCCGAGACCAGCUUCCCCGGACGCCUCCCCCCGGAGUCCCGUGAGUGCACGGGUGUCUGCUCAUUUGAUUCACCUGACGCGGCCCAAGCGCCCACGACAGGGCCUGGCACACAGUAGGAGCUCAAUACAUGAUCACCGAACACAUCCAGAAGAAGCCGUGGCUCGGAGCCCUCGGAGGGGCUGAUGCAUGAUGGCUGUGACGAGCGCCACGCCACGUAACGCGCACCGGUGACAUGGAUGGCAGCGUGGAGAGUCUGCCCCCUCCAUACAGGAGCCUGGACACCCCGUGACACAUCGGCAGC